AUGAAACUCAAUGAACAAAUACCAAAAGACCUGUUACGCCUGAUUAAAAGUUCCAAGUAUGUUCAUGUGGCGACAUGCUCGUCAAAUUGUAUACCAUCUGUUUCGUUGAUGCAUUACAUAUUUGUUUCAUCCGCGGAAACUUUCCAUAAACAUGAGUAUAGUAUAGAAAUAGAUUGUAAUGACUAUAUUAUAUUCACAGUGUUCGAGAAAUCAGUAACCUUUCGUAAUGUCAUGAGCAACCCAAACGUUGCAUUGCUAUUUCACGAUUGGAUCACAGCUAAAAAUUUAACUCUUCGAAAAAAAAGCGUCCAUAGUAAAGAUGAUUUUUCAUUUGUUGAGUCAGAGUCUACAAAAUUUAACAACUUUUUACGAGAUUUGAACCAAAGUGAAUUGAAUCAAGUGAGCGCUACUAUCAAUGGUAUUGCUGAUAUUGUGAACCCUAAUAGUGAAGAAUCUACUUAUUAUAGGCGGUUGUUAUUAACAGUCAAUCCAGACGCAGAUAUUUUUAUACUAGGAGAAGAUACAGCCAUAAUAAAGGUAAAUAUACAAAAAAUAAAAGUCUCUGACAUGGAAAAUAAUACUUCUACAUACGGCCAAACAGUACAACCAGUUUAA